AUCCCAAGCAAACUACAGUAAGGUUAGAGCCUUUUCUCCUUCCACUCAUUUUUUCACUUUGCGGUCAGCUCGGCUUUCCUUCACAAUGAUGAUGGCCCAACAACUUGAUGCUCUCGGCAGGGGCACUCAUAAUAAUACCCUCUAUGAUAUUCUGGAAGUUCCACCCACAGCAACCUUCGACGCCAUCAAGAAAUCUUACCAGUCGUUAGCAAGGAAACUGCAUCCCGACAAACGCAAUGACGACCGAGAUGAUGCCGCGUUUUUGAAGCUUCAAAAGGCAUGGGAAUGCCUGCGAGAUCCAAUCUCCCGAAAAGACUAUGAUGCGGAAUUGUUCCGAGCCCAAUCUCAAAAAUCAAAGAGCCAAAAAGUUGAGAAGGAUGAAUGGGAGUUGGUAGAAGAGGAAGAAUCCGGCGAAUUGAGCCAUGUCUACACGUGUCGGUGUGGUGAGGAAAUCUGGCUUGCCGAAGACUCCUUUCAGAAAAAGGACAACCAGUCCACUGUUGACUCGAUUAUCUAUGCCACAUGCCCUGGUUGCAGCUUGGUCUACCAUGUGGUUUUGUGACCUUCUUGGACGUAACGUACCGUGCAUUCUGUACAACAUGUUUUAGUACUACAUGUACGGUACCUGGGUUGCAAGCAUAAAGCAUCAACCUUG